AAAAAAUCAUUUACAUAUUUAUUUUAUACCAUUAAAGUUUUAAAGAUCGUUAAUUUAUAGCUUAAAAAUGUUUUUCCAAGAUGCUCUGUAUGGUUUUACGGAGACUUUGUGUAAAGUCAGGUAUAUAAGUGAUAAGCUAAAUGCGAAGGUUGUGGAACAAGUCAAUGACACCCAGGAGUUGGUGAUGUUGAACAACUUCAUGCAUGAAUCCGAUGAGUACUUGCUUAAGAAAUGUUUGCAAGAAAGAAUGUCAGACGUUGCUUCAUGGCGAUGGGUGCUACAAGAUCUUGAGAAACGAGUUGAUGAAACUAUAAGCGCCAUUCAGCAUGAAAGUGAUGCACUUCAUGUUGUCGUUGAAAGAAUAAAUGAUGAAAUACACGCGUCAACUAAUUUUGCAAAACCCGGCGCUUUAAAUCCAAUGAUUGAUUUUGUUGAAGAUGCUGUGAUGCAGGAAUUAGUGUUCCUACGUCAACAGAAGAAGAGAUUCGUAACAGUAAUACCACAAGUAGAAAAGCUUAAAGUAAAACUUGUAAAGAUGAAGGAUAGAAUACAAAAGGAGGCUUUACAGAAAUGUGAAGCGAUAUCUGUAGAUGAAGCCUGUUGGAAUACUUAUAAGCCUGACUGUUACAGUAAAAAGAAGAAAAAGAAAAAAUCUUUAUCCUUAGUCCGAUGGGAACGACGAUGUGCAAAAUUAAAGGAUGCUGGUAUUAACACAUUGAGGCUAGCAGUUGUAACUCGUCAGAAGAUUAGAGCAGCAAGAGUGGAUCUUUCGAUCGCAGCUCAAGCGUACGGUGCGAGGGUCGAUUCCGCAAUAAGGAGACGAUUGCACGCAAAUAUUAUAAAGUUACAAGAACUUGAAUGGCAACGACAUGAGGCUGUACGUGAUUUAAAGUCAUUGGACAUCGAAUUGGAGACAACAGAAAAGAGUGUGCUCGAUACAAUGGAUCGACAGAAAGUAGUUGAAGGUAGACUGAACGAAAGAACGCUACGACCCGUUAAGGAACAGACCGUAGACCAAGUGACCUAUCAACUACGGAUGGAACAUGGAAAGCUUAGAAGAUUUACUAACGAAUUAAGAAACAAUAUUGAUAGAAUUGUGACAUUACAAAAUCGUCUCAAAGAAGCGAUAACGCACAUAGAUUGUUACGCCGAUGACAUAUUGCAUGUGGUGAAACUAGACCGGCAAAGACUACAAGCUCGUACUGAUGACGAGACAAUCGCAGAGUCGAAUGUUACCAUAACACCUGAACCUGAGGAACAAGAAGACUCUCAGAGGCAAAUGGACUUUGCAUUAGAGCCCAUUCAAGAAGAAGAUGAAAAUUACCCAAUUUUAGAUUUGUAGUAUUUUUGUAACAGUCUUAAAUAUAUUGGACAUUGUUUAUGAAGUAUUUCACGAUGUAUGAACCUUAUUUGGUUGGUUUUUAAUAUAUUUUUUCUAUUAAGUUUAUACAAGCUUUAA